AUGGCAGUCACUAAUGACAGCACAGCAGAGGUUUUGUUUAUACAUCAACAAAUGUUUCAGGUUGCACUGACCGAGGGACCGCUCUCAAAAGUUAGUGUUGCAACAAUAAUGUCGCUUUUUUUUACUUAUUUGAAUGCCAUCAUGGUCUACACUCUCUGGAGCAAACCUGUUUUUAAAGAGACUCCACGCUACAUCCUCUUUACCCACAUGCUCCUCAAUGACUCGAUUCAGCUCAUAGUUACCUCCAUGCUGUACAUCUUCAGUCUGUCCUUCUUCAAAUUAAUUACAGUCGCUUGUGCUUUUCUGGUUUUUGUGUCAUCUACGACUUUCAAUAACGCACCUUUAAACCUGGCUGUGAUGUCACUAGAGCGUUAUGUGGCCAUACGCUUUCCUCUAAGACAUGCUGAAAUAGCCACUCAGAAAAGGACUCAUAUCGCCAUUGCAGCCAUUUGGUUUAUUGGUUCCAUAAACUUCAUAAUUGACUUUCUAUAUGGAUUAGUGCUGGACUCUAACUUUCUAUCUUCACAAAUAUUCUGCACAAGAGAAAGACUUUUUAAGAAGCCAUGGCAAGCAGAUGUUUUACAGGGCUUUUACGUUUUCUAUUUUGUGUCAGUGUCUGUGAUUAUCCUUUUCACUUAUGUCAGCAUUUUGAUCACAGCCAGGUCCCUUUCCUCCAAUAAAGAAUCUGCUGCGAAAGCCCACAAGACCGUGCUGCUGCACAUCAUUCAGCUGGGCCUGUGCCUUACUUCCUUUCUCUACAGCAUUAUAGAGCGGGCUGCAGCAAUGGCCAGCACCAGCAGCAUUCUCUUCAUGGACCUGCGUUAUCUAAACUAUUUAUUUGUGUUGAUCUUGCCACGCUGCUUAAGCCCACUCAUCUAUGGACUGAGAGACGAUGCUGUACGCCCCUUAUUCAUGUACUACUUUCGCUGUGCCACAGGCAAACACAAACCUUCUGUCAAUGUACACUGA